AUACCUUGGAGUGAACCCUCGUAUCUCAAAGUACGACAUGACCUCUUCCAGACUCCUCCGCUCCUCAACAUAGAGUUGAUAGCAUACUGCCUCUUUGUCGUCCCAAGAAUACACCAUCCUCGAUCUCGCGGUCGUAUCGCAGUAUCUGGUGGAGGCUCUCAUGAAUUGCGCAACUGGUUCAACUGGGGAGCGCGACGCAAUCGCCAAGACUUUCGGCCUCGGCUGAUGAUGUCCCGAACACCCAGACCGAACACGGCUCAACUAUACAUCGCACCUACCGAACCAGAUUGCGCAUAGCGGCAUGUAUAUUAUGGCUUCCUCCUGGAUAGACGGUAGUAUCGGACAAAUUAUUUCUCGCCGUCUUCUAAGAGAUUCAAUACCUCCAAACAGACCACCCUGAGCCCCUCCUAUGCUGCGAUAGUCCAUCUACCAUACCCCACACUCUAUACCUACGAGCAACAUGUCGCACGCCCGUAAGAACAGCCUGUGGACGCCCACCGCCCCGACAGCGGCGCAAACGCCUCAGCUCCUCUCUGGCAAGUCCAUGAUGAUCACGGGCGGUGUUACUGGCAUCGGCCGCGCCAUCGUCCUCGGAUAUCUUCAACACGGCGCAAACGUCGCCGUGAACCACUUCGGCGACGACAAGUCCUCAUCCCAGUACCAGACCCUCGUCGAGGAAGCAGCCUCGAACCUACAAACCAGCAAAGAAGAAAUAGAGAAGAGGCUAGUAGAAGUACCCGGCGACGUAGGAAACCCCGAGACAGGAAAGAAGUUGGUGGAUGCCGUAGUACAAAGAUGGGGACGAUUGGACGUUGUGAUAAGCAACGCUGGUAUCUGCGAGUUCAAGGAAUUCUUAGAAAUAACACCGGACCUCUGGAACACAACCCUCACCACCAACCUCACCGGUGCAUUCCACACCAUCCAAGCCGGCGCAAAGCAAAUGUCCACGCAAUCCCCUCCCGGCGGCUCCAUAAUCGGCAUAUCCUCCAUCAGCGCCCUUGUAGGCGGCGCAUACCAGGGCCACUACACACCCACCAAAGCGGGUGUACUGUCUCUCAUCCAGUCCUCUGCAUGCGCACUGGGAACACAUGGUAUACGGUGCAAUGCGCUGCUGCCGGGUACAAUCAAGACUCAGCUCAACGAGAAGGAUCUUGAAGACGAGGAGAAGAGGAAGUACAUGGAAGGUAGGAUACCGCUGGGAAGAACGGGGGUGCCGAGUGAUUUGGCCGGUCCGGCGAUCUUUCUGGGCAGUGAUUUGAGCGGUUAUGUGAAUGGCGCGCAGUUGUUGGUUGAUGGGGGUCUAUUCGUAAACCUACAAUGAACAGUCUCCGAAAACCAAAUUUAAACACGGGGAUAUUUCGCUCUUCACCAUGUCAGCUCCAACUCUAUGCGUUGCACC